CCUAUUAAAACACCCACCGGCUCACUUGUUAGGACCCCCUUAAGUUGGAGGAGGCAACAACAGCGAGGAAGGAGAAGUCAAGGCGUCUGGAAAGAAUUAGCCAGUCCUGGCUUCGAGCAGCCCAUUGAACGGGGGACUUGAACCAGCCAAAGACUUCGCUCUUCAUUCUGAGCUUCCUAGCCUCUGCUGGGUCUACACCGGGCUUUUAGGCUGAUGUGAAAAGGACUUUGCCUUAUCGGAGGGAGGGGGAUUAGAGAGAAUAGCAAAGCGGGGGGGGGAGUUUAAUUUAUUUUAAAACACGUUUCACAAAAAGAAUUAGAAGAUUUAAGCACAACGGAAAUAAAAGAAUAUUUAGUGCAAUUUCUUCUCAAAGAGGGGAGGACCGAGCAUUUAAGGCUCCCCCGUCUUUUUUUUUUAAAUGUUGUUUUUAAAUUUCUUAUUUUUUUUGGCUGGUCGUCUCAAAUUCAUCUGAUUUCAUAUUACCUCAAUUUUGGAGACUGCCUUCCACGACCCUCCGGGACCACACAGACAGGCUGAGGACGAGUUUAUGAGCAGGAGCUGAACAAGAUGCAUUGUGAGAGGUUUCUAUGUGUCCUGAGAAUAAUUGGAACGACACUCUUUGGAGUGUCUCUUCUCCUCGGAAUCACAGCUGCCUACAUAGUUGGCUACCAGUUCAUCCAAACGGAUAAUUACUACUUCUCCUUUGGACUCUAUGGUGCCUUUUUAGCAUCACACCUCAUCAUCCAAAGCCUCUUUGCCUUCUUGGAACACCGGAAAAUGAAAAAGUCCCUUGAAACCCCCAUUAAGCUGAACAAAACUGUCGCUCUGUGCAUCGCUGCCUACCAAGAAGACCCUGACUAUUUGCGGAAGUGUUUGCAAUCUGUGAAAAGGCUGACCUACCCUGGGAUUAAAGUCGUGAUGGUCAUCGACGGGAACUCAGACGAUGACCUUUACAUGAUGGACAUCUUCAGUGAAGUCAUGGGCAGGGACAAAUCCGCCACUUACAUCUGGAAGAACAACUACCAUGAAAAGGGACCCGGCGAGACAGAGGAGUCCCACAAAGAAAGCUCACAACAUGUAACCCAACUGGUCUUGUCUAACAAAAGCGUCUGCAUCAUGCAAAAAUGGGGCGGGAAGAGAGAAGUCAUGUACACAGCCUUCAGAGCACUAGGGCGGAGUGUGGAUUAUGUGCAGGUGUGUGAUUCAGAUACCAUGCUGGACCCCGCCUCAUCUGUGGAGAUGGUGAAAGUUUUAGAAGAAGACCCUAUGGUUGGAGGUGUUGGGGGAGAUGUCCAGAUCUUAAACAAGUAUGAUUCCUGGAUCUCCUUCCUCAGCAGUGUCAGAUACUGGAUGGCUUUUAACAUAGAGAGGGCCUGCCAGUCCUAUUUUGGUUGUGUUCAGUGCAUAAGUGGUCCUCUGGGAAUGUACAGAAACUCCUUGCUGCAUGAGUUUGUAGAAGACUGGUACAACCAGGAAUUCAUGGGCAACCAAUGCAGUUUUGGUGAUGAUAGGCAUCUUACCAACAGGGUGCUGAGUCUGGGCUAUGCAACGAAAUACACAGCCCGGUCCAAGUGCCUUACAGAAACACCUAUAGAGUAUCUCCGAUGGCUGAACCAGCAGACGCGUUGGAGCAAGUCCUACUUCCGAGAGUGGCUGUACAAUGCCAUGUGGUUUCACAAGCAUCACUUGUGGAUGACCUACGAAGCUGUUAUCACUGGAUUCUUUCCUUUCUUUCUCAUCGCCACAGUCAUCCAGCUCUUCUACCGGGGUAAAAUCUGGAACAUCCUUCUCUUCCUGUUAACUGUCCAGCUAGUGGGUCUCAUAAAGUCAUCUUUUGCCAGCUGCCUUAGAGGAAAUAUCGUUAUGGUCUUCAUGUCCCUCUAUUCAGUGUUGUACAUGUCAAGUCUACUUCCGGCCAAGAUGUUUGCCAUUGCAACCAUAAACAAAGCUGGGUGGGGUACAUCCGGAAGGAAGACCAUUGUUGUUAAUUUCAUAGGACUCAUUCCAGUGUCCGUGUGGUUUACAAUCCUUCUAGGUGGUGUGAUUUUCACCAUUUACAAGGAAUCGAAAAAGCCAUUUUCCGAAUCCAAACAGACUGUUCUCAUUGUGGGGACGUUGAUCUAUGCGUGCUACUGGGUCAUGCUUUUGACUCUGUAUGUGGUUCUGAUCAAUAAGUGUGGCAAGAGGAAGAAAGGACAACAGUAUGACAUGGUGCUUGAUGUAUGAUCACACGGUGAUGUUUGCAAUCACACAUGGGGACACACACACACACUUCUUAGCUCCUCAAGGGGUUGUACAGUAUUGUGGCAUCUCACCCUGCCACCACAGGAGACAUAUCACUGCUGCUGGGACUUGAACAAAGACGUUUGAUGGGUUGAUUUUUGAUUCUGCCAAAGUAAAUUGAUACAUCAGUAAGAAGAAACUCAGAUUUAAUCCAAAUUUUCUGGGAACGUUGGGAUGACUUCUUGGUUUCAUGCACUUUUCCCUUACUGUGCAUCCAAGUGACAGUGUUUGAUCUAUAUACCUCACUAGCCAUGCUUUAUGUGGGUGAUCAUGGAAGAAAAGCAUUCAGAAAACUCAAGGGAACACUUUUUCAACCUAUACAACCUAACUUAUGGACUGUUUUGAUAGAUGAUUUUUCUUUCUUUCUUUUUUUAAGGAAAACUGUUUGUCUUUAACUCUACCAAAUGAAAUGCCAAAGGAGAAUUUAAAGGCCACUGGCUAUGCUGUACUUUGAUAUAAUUGUACUGUGUUUUUACAUUUUGUAUGCCAAUUUAAAAAAAAACAGAUUUCACAUCAUAGUCUAUAUUUUACUUCUCUGACAAAAUAUGCAUUUCCUUUUCUUUUUAUAAUAAAAUAGGUUCUAAAAAAUCCAUACUACAAAAAUUAACCUGCCCAAAAUGUGAAGCUUUGUUGACCGAUGUUCAUGAAAGAAUAAAAUGGUUCUCUCUUUCUCUACCUUU